GUUUCUACGUUGUUAAAAAAAGAAAGGAAAAAAAGGAGACGGGAGAGGAGAGAGGCUGUUUCCUGUGCGUGUGAAGAAAGUUUAGGAAUUAUGUUUGGAUCUCUGGAUUCGUUCCCCGGCCUUCUUGUGUGUUGUGCAGGCAACGACACGCUCCGACCGGAAAGGAAAUACCAACACUGGUUGAUGUGUAGACCAGGAACUGCAGAAUAGUUUAUAAACAGAAGCGUGCAAAGAUGGGCUUAUUGCAGUCCAAAGACCUUCUGCAUGGAACUUCCCUUUACUGCCCGUAGCUACUCAUGAAACCCAAAAGCGACAAGAUGAAGCUGAACGAGCGGAGCGUGGUGCACUAUGCCACCUGUGACUCCCCGGCAGACAAGACGGGGCACCUGUACAAGAAGGGGGAGCGCAACACGGCCUACCACCGCCGCUGGUUCGUGCUGAAGGGCAACAUGCUGUUCUACUUCGAGGACAAGGAGAGCAAGGAGCCCAUCGGGGUGAUCGUCCUGGAGGGCUGCACGGUGGAGCUGUGCGAGUCCAUGGAGGAGUACGCCUUCGCCGUCAAGUUCAGCUGCGCCAAGUCACGCACGUACAAGAUGGCGGCCGAGAGCCAGGCGGGCAUGGAGUCCUGGGUGAAGGCCCUGUCUCGGGCCAGCUUUGACUACAUGCGGCUGGUGGUCCGCGAGCUUGAGAAACAGCUGGAAGAAAUGCAGACCCUGCACGGCCUCCCGGGCACCGCGCGCUCCCACAGGAAGUCAUCAGGGCGCGCCAAGUCCAAAUCAAUCUCAGCUGCUGCUCCCGCUGUGGCGGCUCUCGCCAAAGGACCACAAGCAACCUACAACCGCUCGCAGGAGGAGACGGUCCAUUUCGCUCCCUCCACGAAGGAAAACGGCGUGGCCUGGAACAAGCCAAACGUUGUGCUCAAUGGAUUGUGUCCAGCUUACCAAGGGUCUAAAACCCUACCAGGGGAGAGUUGUAGCAGUGAUGGGACUAAACCCCCUCCUGUACCCCCCCGAAGGAAAACUGCCACUGGCGGGGUGACCUCCACCUUGGAAAGCCCUGUUUCACCUGGGACGGUCUGCUUUUCAAAGCUGCACGAUUGGUACGGUAAAGAAAUCACUGCCCUGAGGACACAGUGGCAGCAAGACCAAUAGAAACAGGCUUCCUUAAGAAGUGACCAAGAAUCACAUGUGUGGAUGCUGGAUCAUGGAAACUCUUUAUUAGACCUAAAACGUAUUUUUGCUUUUGGAAAGCUAACGUCAGGGGGUUGGGAGAGGGUGAGCAAAUUAUUUUUUUUUGUUCCUUUCACAUGCUGGAGGCUUAUUUUAAGGGGUGGGGGGUGGGGGGUGGGGGGGGAAGGCAGUGAUGGUAUUCGGGUCCUAUUUUAAAGCAUAUGCAAAGACACAUUUUCAGAGAGGAACUAAACCAUUGUUAAGGUAGAAACUUCAGAAGAAAGAACUUCACUGCAGGAAGGAGCAGUUGACUUCUUGUUCUAAGUAGUUUCUAGUUUGUUACGCAAUUUAAAUGAUUUAAUUUCUCUCUGAAAACUUGUGAUCUCUUGUAGAUUUCUCAAGGAAUUAGGUAUUUCAAUGCUGUCAUUAAAUAUAUAUAUAGCCUACGGAGGUGUUUUUUUAAACAUCUAACCAGUGCUUGAUCUCAGUAUCACAUUACGAUGUCAUGCUGUACAGUAUAAAAUGGUGCCAAAGCCUUAUUAGUUUGCUUCUCAUUUUGUGUCAGACAGGGGCUGAAUUAGAAAAACAUUUGGCCAGCCAGUGAGCACUUUAUAUUUGUAUUCUACCUGUGGUCUUCUCUUUAUGGAUGUAUUUUGUCUAGACUUUGUCUAGCAGUUAAAAAGGAGUGACAGCUGCAGAUAUAUUUAACAGUGGAGCCAAAUCGUCUAGUGGUGUUACACCUCUGGUUUAUUGUAUUGUAAUCUGUUGAAUUGCAGUCUGGCUACCGAAACAUUAGGCUAAGAGUCUGACUUCUGCCUGUUUUCAUUUCUAAUUAUAACCCCCAGUGAAUACCAUAAUGUAAUGUGUUUACAAGUAAUUGUCUUGACAGAUGACAAACAGUAUUUGUCUCCCAUUCUCUAAAUGAAAUAAAAUCCAGUUUGAAAUGUA